CUCCAAAACCAUUGCCAACCUCACCUAGCACCAUUCUCUCGCACUCCUCGGCAAAGAUCGGCGGUUGCAACUUGCUGCAAAGCUAGCUAAGCGUCACGGUAAAGGCAAGGCAAGGGGAAACAGCAAGACCGAUCGAUCAGCAUGGCCGGGAGUGCGAGAUCGGCGGCCGCGAAGCACGCGUACCGGAUGUUCUCGCCGUCCCGGGGCGCGGCGGCAACGUGCCCCGGCGGGGCGGCGGACGAGUUCGACGAGUCGGACGUCUGGGGCUCGUUUGCCCCUGCCGGCGGCGUGGAAUACUCCGGCCCGGCCGAGCUAGCCGCCGCCCGGGCGCGCCCGAUCCCGGCCUCCCGCGCCGGGCGGAAGAAGCCGCUGGACAGCCGGGGCGCCGCGCCGGGGUCGCUGCCGAUGAACAUACCGGACUGGCAGAAAAUCCUCGGGGUCGAGUACAGGAACCACCACGAGGGCGGGUGGGAGCUCGACGGGGACGACGACUACGACUACGGCAGGGCGGCCAGUGGUGGCGCCACGGUGAUCCCACCUCACGAGCUGGCGUGGCGCAGCCGGGCCGCGUCGCUGUCGGUGCACGAGGGGAUCGGCAGGACGCUCAAGGGGCGUGACCUCAGCCGGGUCCGGGACGCCGUCUGGAAGAAGACCGGCUUCGAGGACUGAAGUACCGGCCGCGGCCGGAGAGCAGACUCGGCGGUUGUUCUAGCUAGAUGCUACAAGUAGGUUAGAAAUGAGCAAUAUUAAUUGCUUCUCUCUUGAUUUCUUUCUUUUUUUUUUUGCCAGACCUGAGAAAAAAAUCGGGUAGUAAUAUAUAAGAUCUUUUCUUUUAUUCAUGGAGAUGCAACUAAGAGGGUGUUCAUUCAUGGUGUGACAAUUUUAAGGGCACCUGGAGAAAGGAGGAAUAGUUUUAGUUUGUACGGUUGAUCAGUUGAUCGAUCGCAUGUAUUUUAUCUCUUUCAAGAAUGGAAAAGUUUAAUUUCACCUUGUUCUAG